UCUAUUCUGGUUACCACGGUAACCACUGUCAGAGGAUCCGCAUCCCCGCUCAGCUUGAUGAUCAAACAUUUCUAGUCAAUAACAAUCCCUCUGAAUCUGUCCAGAUUUUGAUGAUUAUCGGUCUCUUGCGUCAUCCCGUCGCCUGACGCACACAGAGAUGAGGCAGAGGAUGAAGAUCUGCUGAUCAGCCAAUCUGCAACGUAGCCAUCCUGCGGCUUUUCUCUGCAUCCCUCCAUCUUCCAGCAGCGAUGCUCCCGUAGCCUCCGCCCCGCCUCGAGGCUCCGCGCGCGGGCAGGCUGUAGCUCCGCGGCUCGGUGUGCGUGCCUGCCAUGGUGCAGAAGUCCCGGAACGGCGGGGUGUUCCCCGGAGCGCAGGCCGAGCAGAAGAAGCUGAAGGUGGGCUUCGUGGGCCUUGAGUCCGGAGGGACGGAGUCCAGCAGGGACGGAGCUCUGCUCAUCGCAGGUGGAGAUGAAGGUCCUCGUCGUCAGCGCAGCAGCGUUUCUGGAGGCAAGAAACCUCCGAAAAGAAACGCCCUCUACAGGAGGCUGCAGAACUUCCUGUACAACGUCCUGGAGAGACCUCGAGGAUGGGCCUUCAUCUACCAUGCCUAUGUGUUCCUGCUGGUUUUCUCCUGCCUGGUUCUGUCUGUGUUCUCCACCAUCAAAGAGUAUGAAAAGAGCUCAGAAGAUGCCCUCUACAUUCUGGAGGUAGUGACUAUCGUGGUAUUUGGGGUGGAGUACAUGGUGAGGAUCUGGGCUGCCGGUUGCUGCUGCCGCUACAGAGGAUGGAGAGGAAGACUUAAAUUUGCCAGAAAGCCAUUCUGUGUCAUCGACAUCAUGGUGCUCAUAGCCUCCAUCUCUGUCCUGGCUGCUGGGACUCAAGGAAACGUUUUUGCCACAUCUGCCAUCAGGUCCCUCCGGUUCUUACAGAUUCUCCGGAUGAUCCGCAUGGAUCGUCGUGGAGGAACCUGGAAACUUCUAGGAUCGGUAGUCUACGCCCACAGCAAGGAACUCAUCACUGCCUGGUACAUUGGCUUCCUGUGUCUCAUCCUGGCCAGUUUCCUGGUUUAUUUGGCUGAAAAAGAAGACAACGAGCAGUUUGAGACUUAUGCUGAUGCCCUCUGGUGGGGACUGAUAACCCUGACGACCAUCGGAUACGGAGACAAGUUUCCUGUCACCUGGAACGGACGUCUGCUGGCUGCGACGUUCACACUGAUCGGAGUUUCCUUCUUUGCUUUGCCAGCUGGAAUUCUGGGCUCUGGAUUUGCUUUGAAGGUUCAGGAGCAGCACAGGCAGAAACACUUUGAGAAAAGACGGAACCCUGCAGCUGGACUCAUACAGGCUGCCUGGAGAGUCUAUGCCACAAAUCUGACCCGGACUGACCUGACUUCCACCUGGGACUAUUAUGAGAGGACAGUGUCUGUCCCUAUGUACAGGCUGAUUCCUCCUCUUAACCAGCUGGACUUGCUGAGGAACCUCAAGAAUAAAUCUGGACUUUCAUUUAGGAAGGACGUCCAGCCUGAGCCAUCACCAAGUCAGAAGGUGAGUUUGAAAGAGAGAGUCUUCUCUUCCCCAAGAAGCUCAGGGACCAAAGGGAAAAGUUCUCCUCAGCACGUGGUCCCUCCAGGUGGUGUAGGUCCUGGAGUGGGUGUUGGUCCUGGUACUCCCAGCGGGGUUCAGGCAUUGCGUCGGUCUCCAAGCAUAGAGCCCAGUAUGGAUGAGAGUCCAAGCAAGGUUCCAAAGAGUUGGAGCUUCGGAGAACGCAGCCGAACAAGGCAGGCCUUCAGGAUCCGUGGAGCAGCAUCUCGCCAGAACUCUGAAGUGCUGAUAGAGAUGCAGGAUGAAGAGUUCAGACACAAGAGUUCACCAGAUGCCAGCCUGCCAGGUGAAGACAUGGCAGAUGACAACAAGAGCUGCCACUGUGAGUUUGUCCCUCAGGACCUUACGCCGGGGUUAAAGGUCACCAUCAGAGCCAUCUGCAUCAUGCGCUUCAUGGUAUCUAAGAGGAAGUUUAAGGAGAGCCUCCGACCUUAUGACGUCAUGGACGUGAUUGAGCAGUACUCGGCUGGUCACCUGGACAUGCUUGCCCGAAUUAAGAACCUUCAGGCCAGGGUGGAUCAGAUCGUUGGAAGAGGAACACCAAUUGCAGAUAAAGACCGUCCUAAAGGUGGUAGUGAAGAAUUACCUGAAGACCCGAGCAUGAUGGGACGCCUGGGGAAGGUUGAGAAACAGGUUCUGUCCAUGGAGAGAAAAUUGGACUUUCUGGUAAACAUCUACAUCCAGCGAAUGGGAAUCCCUCAAGCAGAAACAGAUGCCUACUUUGGAUCCAAGGAACCAGACCCAGCUCCACCAUACCAUAGUCCAGUAGACCUGCAGGAGAAGAAUCAGUCCUUCUCCAAAAUACUGCAGGUGUUGCCAGGCGACCACAUGGAGAGGACUCGGUUUGUCACAAAGAUGGUCCGCUCUAGCAGCUCCACGGGUCACAGGAACUAUGCCGCCCCCACCUGCCCGCCCUCCACCUCUUGGCAGCCAAUCAGCUCCCAGCUUCACCAGCAGGCCCCUCCUCCACAGCACAGCCAUGGCAACACUCCGAGCCCAGUGGGGGAUGCAUCACUGGUCCGCCUGCCCCCUCCUCCAGCUGGAGAUAGACAUGGUGGGAACCGGUCCAACCGACACAGCACCGGCGAUCGGGGAGGCUCUGAGAGGAACGGGGAGGGCACUAAUGGGACAGGAGGAGGAGAGGCGAAGCCUGACAGCGACACCUCCAUCUCCAUCCCAUCGGUGGACCAUGAGGAGCUGGAGCGUUCCUUCAGUGGCUUUUCCAUCUCUCAGUCCAGAGAGAACCUGGACUUUCUCAACAAUGGCUUCUAUCCCUCUGCAAGCCCAGGGGAGCAGCAGGCAGGGGGGGGCUCUGCCCGCUGUGCCACAGUCCGACCCUACAUUGCAGAGGGGGAGUCAGACUCUGACUCAGAGCUUUGCGCUCCCUCCCCCCACUCAGACCGGGCCUGGACUGGCACCAAGUAGGACUGAAGUAGUCCAGAUCUGAACCAGCAGAACCAGUUUUUAAAAUGCAAUGAAGUAUAAACCGACACUUUAAACACCAGCUGGGGGCUUGGAGUGAAGCAUUGUGGGAACUACUACAGUUUGAUGAUGACACCGCUUGUACAGCGAAGGUGGCCGAUCACUGAUAAACUGCUCAGGAAUGAAAUUCACAGUUUCCCCUAACAUCUGCAUGACUGACACGUUUGAAAGAGGUUACCAUGCCAACCACGUCAUUUGUAUCCCGUCCAGAGCACAGAGUCCAAACACUGAUCCCAUCCAGAACCACGGCAAACGUCCCAGCCUGGGUCGCUCUGCCUUUUUACAGUCUCCAAGUAGAACCAUUUUCUGAUUCCAGAGAGAUAAAAGAACCUGUUUUAAAAUCAGGACGUAGAACAUCAGCGUUCAGAUGGGCUUCAAUGCCCAGUUUCAUUAGUUCUGAAAUAAUCUGAAGGACAUUUUAUCUCUAUGAUUUGCUGGUUGGACUGCUCGGUAGACCAGUUUGUAGCAAGAAGGUCCGGGUUUGAAUCUCUCUGCAGGGAGUUUGCAUGUUCUCCCAGUGCAUGCUUGGGAUCUCUCUGGGUACUCCUGCUUCCUCUGGCAGUCCAAACUUGACUGUUGGGUUGAUUGGCAACGCUAAAUUGCCCUUAAGUGUCUGUGCCAGUCCAUCGCAAGGGAACAACUGUCAAUAAGAAGACAGAGGGGAAUGCGAACUGAGUAAAGGACGCUAAGCCAAAGCAGUCGCCACGAUAACUGCAAUCAGAAAAGUGCUGGCAGUAGGGCAGGAAGCUUCCUAUGGAUAGUUCCUUUAGUCAGUAACCUACUGACGUUCCUGUCUUGCUCUCGCUAUAUAGAUUCCCACAAUCCUUAGUGUGACAGGACGUACAGGCACAGCCCACCUCACAGAUUUUAACCCUAAUGUUUAUAUUUCUUCACAUGCAUUGUGUCAGACAUGCUGCACAACUUCAUGUUUUGGAUUUAAAGUGAGAGCUUUAACCGUUUGCUCCAUUUGCUUUAAAUUAGUUUUUUGAGGUUAUUUUUUGUAAGGCUGUAUUCCUGGUUUUUAAUCCCACCAUAGAUGUCUGUCCAUCCAAGGGGAGCUGCAGUCAAGAAUCAGUCUCCAAGCCUCCAACUCCGCCCAUGGCGCCCCCUGAUAAUGCUGAUGAGAAUUUCUGUGCUGCCUCCGUUUCAGUUUUCAAUUAAAUUAAUGAAUGUUGACCUUCA